AUGGGAGCUAUGGGAGCACCAGGGGAUCAAGGUGAUCAAGGAGCCGCAGGACCCCCUGGACCACCGGGGCCACCAGGACCUUCCGGUAUUCCUGCUACUUCGUCAAGCACUGCCCCCAUAACUCCAGUUGCUGCUAGAGCUUCUGGUCCAACUGGUGAGUACUUCCGAAUGCCUAAGCAACUUGGGGUGUAGCUUCAUAGAUAGGGGCUCAAAUUUCUAAAGAUUAAAACCUCUAUUUUAUGUUCCAGGCUUAACUGGACCCAAGGGUCCUCAAGGUGACCAGGGAGCAAUGGGAGCUAUGGGAGCACCUGGGGAUCAAGGGGAUCAAGGAGCCGCAGGACCCCCUGGACCACCGGGGCCACCAGGACCUUCCGGUAUUCCUGCUACUUUUACAAGCACUGCCUCCAUAACUCCAGCUGCUGCUGGAGCUUCUGGUCCCACUGGUGAGUACUUCCGAAUGCCUAAGCAACUUGGGGUGUAGCUUUAUAGAUAGGGGGGCUAAAAUCUCUAAAGAUUAAAACCUCUAUUUUAUGUUCCAGGCUUAACUGGACCCAAGGGUCCUCAAGGUGACCAGGGAGCAAUGGGAGCUAUGGGAGCACCUGGGGAUCAAGGGGAUCAAGGAGCCGCAGGACCCCCUGGACCACCGGGUCCACCAGGACCUUCCGGUAUUCCUGCUACUUUUACAAGCACUGCCUCCAUAACUCCAGCUGCUGCUGGAGCUUCUGGUCCCACUGGUGAGUACUUCCGAAUGCCUAAGCAACUUGGGGUGUAGCUUUAUAGAUAGGGGGGCUAAAAACUCUAAAGAUUAAAACCUCUAUUUUAUGUUCCAGGCUUAACUGGACCCAAGGGUCCUCAAGGUGACCAGGGAGCAAUGGGAGCUAUGGGAGCACCUGGGGAUCAAGGCGAUCAGGGAGCUGCAGGACCCCCUGGACCACCGGGUCCACCUGGCCUCCCAGGA